AGCCUGGCUCUGGUGGGGGUUGUGUCAGGGAAGUGUGGGGAUGAGUUAGGACAUGGCCAGGGGAGAGGCCAUACCCCUAGACCGAGGUCAGCCCUGCCCCACAGUCUUCUGGGCUCUUGGCCCUGUGCUGCCGCCUCUGGAGUGCCCUGUCUCCUUCCUGGCCCUUCAGGGCUCAGUGGGCCUGCCUUCCCAGCCACUCCCCUCGCCCCAUGUCAUUCACCCCGCAGAUCUCUGCCUCAAGUGUUGAGCUGUCUGGUUUGCAGGCCUAGGGUCUAUCCUUCCUCUGCUCGAUCCAGCCUAGAUCAUGAAGGGCACAGUGACCUCUCCGUUUUAUAACAGCUCAGAGAUUCCCUGGUGGUUGUCUGGGGGGCUGUCCAAAGCAAACUGCCGGAGGGCUUGCUAUAGGGGAGGCCCCCUCCACAGGCCUGGGCACCCCACCCUGACCCAGUGUCCCUUCCAGGUGCCUCCUAAGCCUGCACUCUGGGCGCUCCUGCUGGCUCUGCUGGGAAUGGCCCCCGGCCAGGCAGGGCUCCGCACCUGCAGCGUCCCUGACGUGCUCCACCACUACCGAGCGGUCAUCUUUGAGGACCUGCAGGCCGCUGUGAGGCAGGGUGGGCCAGGGGCACGAUGGACUGGGCCAGGCUCCCAGCACCUCCAUUUCAUUAAGAAAAACCUGACUGGACCUGCAGCCCCUGGAUGGCGGGGUCGGGUGGGAGCUUCCUGCAGUGCCCAGAAGGAGCACAGUAUCCUACUGUCCAUUGCGUCCCUGGGUCGGACCCUGCGCAGGGUGGUGGCCGGGGGCCGCCGCGGGGCACUGGAGAAAGCAGCGUGGACCGUAGCCUUGCGCACCGAGGCGGUGAUGCGGCGCCACUGCUGGACGCUGCGCCAGCGGAGCCGGUGGCCCGAGAGGCGCCGUCCCCGGCGUCGCGGCAGCCGGAGGAGGCUCCUACUGCACGCCCUGGACGCCGUCGCCACCUGCUGGGAGAAGCUCUUCGCGCUGCGCGCGGCGGCCGCGGAGGACGCCUAGCGCGCUUCCUGCGCGGGCCCGGGAACAGCCGGCGGGGCCGCGGAGCCCG